GGAGGUUUGUUGAUACCGGAGCUAGCGGCUGAACUUUGCCUCAUUGGCCCGCAUUUGUUAACACACCCCACUCCACCCGGGGUCGCCUCGGCGGAAACUUGCAUGUCCUUCAGCUUGUCGCCCGCCUCGCUGCUGCCUUGCUGGAGAUUAGGUGUUUACAAGUAAUUUUGUCAAGUCAAACCAAGGUGAACUGCCGCUUGUGCUGCAGUUGCACGAUGCUCACUGUAUGCUCACGGAACUGAGAGGACUUCUGUGGUCAAGUUGAUGAGUAGAAGUAAAAAAAAUCCCUGUUUGUCAGUUUUCUUCAAAUUUCAUCGUCUGAGCAACAACAACAGCAUGACAGGUGACGCGGUGGUCUGGAGAGGUCUGACCUGGAUGAAGCAGGCGGCCAGCAGAGCCCCUCCAGGCGGCCUGCACGGCAACCAGAGGCUGGUAAACUUCCACCAUGCCACUGGAUCAGCAAGGGAGACGUUCAACAAACAGCAAGAAGUCUGUGUCCACAGAGCCUCAGUAGCACAGUUUCACAGAUAUUCGACUAUGGGAGCUUGUUUCAGUACCUCUUUCAUUGGAGGUGUAAAUGGCGGACACGGGACCUGCAAUGGAAGACCCAGCACUAAAUGUCUGAAGUACCACAGGGACUGUUCACGCCAACUGUUCUCUGUACAUACGAGGUUAUUUAACCAGGACAACUCCCCAGUGGGGCGGCUGACAACAGAGGACAUUGACAAAGCAAGAAACGCCAAGAAAACAGACAUCAAGCAACAUAAACAAGUGCUCAGUGAAAGAGCCAGAGAGAGGAAGGUGCCCGUCACGCGGCUAGGAAGGCUGGUGAAUUUUGGAGGUCUGGCGGUUGGACUUGGCAUUGGGGCGAUCGCUGAAGUGGCCAAGAAGAGUUUAAAACCACAACAACAAGGUGAUAAAAAAUCCAUACUGGACUCGAGUGCCUUCCUCUCUGAAGCCAACGCUGAAAGAAUUGUCCGGACUCUUUGCAAAGUCCGAGGUGCCGCUCUAAAACUUGGACAGAUGCUCAGUAUUCAAGAUGACGCCUUUAUUAACCCUCAGUUGGCCAAAAUCUUUGAGCGUGUUCGACAGAGUGCAGACUUCAUGCCCCCUAAACAGAUGAUGAAAGCCAUCAGCAGUGACUUCGGCCCGAACUGGAGAGACAAGCUGGAGUACUUUGAGGAGAAGCCGUUUGCAGCAGCGUCUAUCGGUCAGGUGCAUUUAGCGAGACUGAAGGACGGCAGAGAGGUAGCCAUGAAGAUUCAGUACCCCGGAGUUGCCAAGAGUAUCGACAGUGACGUGAAUAAUAUCAUGACUGCUCUGAGUUUAAGCAACGCGCUGCCUGAAGGUCUGUUUCCUGAGCACCUUAUUGAGGUCAUGAGCCGUGAGCUGGCGCUGGAGUGUGAUUACAUAAGAGAGGCGAAAUGUGCCAAAAGGUUCCAAGAGCUGCUGAAGGAUCACCCGUUCUUCUAUGUUCCCGAUGUGAUUGACGAGCUGAGCAGCCAGCAUGUCCUCACCACAACGCUGGUGCCCGGUUUCCCUCUGGACCAGGCUACCGACCUCUCUCAGGAGCUCAGGAAUGAGAUUUGUGAGCAGAUCUUGAUUUUAUGCUUGAGAGAGCUUUUUGAGUUCAGAUACAUGCAGACUGAUCCAAAUUGGUCCAACUUCUUCUUUGAUCCACAAGCUCACAAGGUUGCAUUGUUGGAUUUUGGAGCUACACGGGGAUUUGAUAAGAGUUUCACUGACACCUACAUUGAGAUUAUUAAUGCAGCUGCAAAUCGUAACAGAGAAGGUGUUCUGCAGCGAUCCAGAGACAUGAGGUUCCUCACAGGAUACGAGUCAAAGGCGAUGGAGAACGCCCACGUGGACGCAGUGAUGAUCCUCGGGGAGGCUUUUUCCUCUGAGGAGCCCUUUGACUUUGGAGCUCAGAGCACCACCGAGCGCAUCCACAGCCUCAUCCCUGUGAUGCUGAGGGAGCGACUCACGCCGCCUCCUGAGGAGACGUACUCCCUCCACCGCAAGAUGGGCGGCUCCUUCCUCAUCUGCUCCAAACUCAAAGCCCAAAUAUCCUGCAAGAACAUGUUUCAGGACGCCUACAACAACUACUGGAAAGAUGGACGCCCCGAGGUGACAAACUGAAGCUGAAGACUAGUUUUCCAAAAGGCAUGUUAAAACCCGGAUUUUCUAGCCUUGUUUGUGGUAUGUUGAACAAUUUAACUCACACAUUCUUACCUGUCAAGAUAUUUUUGUGCAGUCUGGGCCAGAUAUUAUGUAAUUUUGUGUUUUUGUACUGUGGUCUGCUCUACGGACUUGCAAGUAAACUGAUAUAAGAACAUGAAAAAUCAGAAUAAUGCCCAUUAAGAACAAUUUCAUAUGUGUGCUUCUUAUUCCAUCACUCAUUUUUACCAGGACUCCCAUCCAGAUUAUCAUGAACAAAGUAAUGUGUGAAGAUUAUUUGUAUGUAUAGUUUGAAUGAAUUUGUUGUGCGUACUGUACAACCUAAUAAUUAUGUGUCUUUAUGGUUUGAGGAACUGUAUUUCCAUCUGACCAGGAUUUGUCAGUUGAAAUAAAUUUACACUGAUGUUGCAAAAACAAA